AUGCGGACUAUGAUGGACGAGAUCCGUACGAAUCGCGCUGCCGGCGUCCGAAGCACGCGUGGAGGGGCUCGCGGAGGACAUGGAGGACGCGGCUUUGGCGGGGCGCCCCGCCAGCGUUCACCACCGACUCCGUCCGGCGACGAGGCGGACGAGGAGACCAUUAGCGUGGACAAUCCGUUCGCGACGGAGCGGCGCCGUCGGCUUGCGGGCGACGAUGGUGGCGGUCACGGGAGUUUUGGCGGAGACUUUGACAACGACGACGACAAUGGCGGACAGCGCCAUGCCUGGGGGCAGUGCGACGACAAUCAGCGGUGUCGUGAGGCUUUCGUUGACGAUGUGGGCGGUGAACGAUGGGGUAGAAAACGACAUGACGGCAGACGCCCGAUAGAAGGGGGUGAUGGGUCACGUUGGGACCAAGGGUUUCGUGUGGAUAUUCUAGAAUUUGUGGGUAGUACGGAUGGGUCGGAAUUCCUCGAGUGGUGGGCUGCGGUCGAGGCCUUCCUCCGAUUUAAGGAUGUUCCAGAUGACAAGCUAGUGGAUUUGGUGGCUACUAGAUUUCGUGGGCGUGCAACGACUUGGUGGAUGCAAUUGACCAGGGCAUGGUCGGUGGACGAUUACACUAAUGACUUCUAUCGACUCUUAACCCGUGUGGAGCUACGCGAAACGAAAAAUCAAUUGGUGUCUUGCUAUGUGGGUGGACUUCGACAGGGCAUACGUGACACGUUGAAUCUUUUUCGCCCGGAGAUGAUUUUGGAUGCUCAUCAACGAGCACUCCUCGUUGAGUAUCAAUUGGCACAAAAGUCGGGACCCUCCUUUGUUUCUUCUUCGUGGCAGGGCAUGUCGUUCGGAGUAGGUGGUCAGUCCAUGCGUGGAACUCCGGCGGUUGACGGAGAAUUGGGCCAGGGUACGGCAGCGAGCCGGUUUCCAUCAUCCAGUGGGUCACAACUGCGACAAGACGGGACCACGAGUCCGCAGAUGGCGUCGACGGGAACAUGUGAUGUGGCCUGGCUGCGAUGCUUCAGUUGUGGUGAGGUGGAUUAUCAUCAAGCAGUUUGUCCAUGGAAUGGUAAUACUCGCGCAUUAUUCUCGGAGGAGGUCUACGAUGAUGUUGUGACGAACGGUUAUGAGGGGCGGCCCAUCUUCGAUGCCGAACCGGGCGAGGCGGAGGAAUAUGUCUCUAGUGAUGUGGGGAUGGCGCUUAUGAUUCAGUGGACAUGUCUCGCACCGAGGGGUUCUAAUGAAUUGGAGAGGAACCAUCUUUUCGAGUCCACAUGCACGGUCGGGAACAAGAUAUGUCGUUUUAUUAUCGAUUCGGGCUCGUGUGAGAAUGUUAUUGCGAAGGAGGUGGUGGACAAGUUGAAGUUGUCGUGUGAGCCUCAUCCAUGCCCUUAUACGCUCGCAUGGAUCCAAAAGGGUAAUACGGUUACUGUUGAUCGUCGGGCACUUGUCUCUUUCUCCAUUGGCCCAACUUAUCGCGAUCAAGUCUGGUGCGAUGUCGUUCCAAUGGACGCGUGCCAUUUACUUUGGGGCCGUCCGUGGCAGUUUGAUCAUGCGGCAAUGCACGAUGGUCGCCUCGACAGGGAACCUCCCGCGUCAAUCAACCCGUUACUAUUAGAGUUUGCUGACAUCUUUCCAGCUGAUAUUCCUUCGGGACUACCGCCUCUACGAGACAUACAACACCAUAUUGAUUUGGUCCCGGGAGCGUCGUUACCAAAUAGGCCUCAAUACCGCAUGAGUCCGACUGAGCACGAGGAAUUGAGACGGCAAGUUGAGGAGCUUCUCCAACGUGGAGUCGUGCGCCGGAGUCUGAGUCCAUGUGCGGUGCCGGCUCUCUUUAUUCCAAAACAAAAUAGUACAUGGCGUAUUUGCAUGGUGCUUCUGUUUUCACCAAGCUCGACCUUCGUAGCGGUUAUCACCAAAUUCAGAUUAGGCCGGGUGAUGAGUGAAAGACAACUUUUAAGAUCCGGGAAGGCUUAUUCGAAUGGUUGGUGUGUUGGGAUCUAUCUGGUUGACCACGAACGGUUGACCGCAAAUCACGUCUUGGGUUGCACGAACAAGAUCAGAUCAAAACCGGAUCAAACGGAUGCAAACAGAUCAAAACGAGUUUUUGUAGUCAGGCUCCUUCCGGCGGAGCGUGAGGGCGCGUCCGGUGUCGGAUUUCGGCGAUCUCGGCGGCGAUGGAAAGCUCUCGUCUAG